AUGGAAAUCUAUCCCGUGGUGCCGGUAACACAAGAGGAGUUCAAUGACUGGUGCGAACCCUGGAACUACGCACUCAUCCUGACAGUCUUAGGACGAAGAUUCAACUUGUUCUUUUUGAAGGAAGAGCUCAGGAAAAUGUGGGGGUUCCAGGAGUAUGAUUUUGAAAUUAUCGACCUUCCGAAUAACUACUUUGUCGUGAGAUUUAGGAAUGAAGAAUUCUGGCAACAACAUUACAAGAAAGUCCUCUGUGAUGGACCCUGGGUAAUUAGACAGCAUUGCGUUCUGAUUCAACGAUGGUCACCAUACUUCAAUGCGUAUCAGAAUCCUUUAGGACGAGUGGCCACAUGGGUUCGAAUUCCAGACAUACCAAUGCACUACUAUAACAGCCAUUAUAUCUCCAGAUUUGGAGACAAAAUAGGGAGAACCUUGAAGGUGGACAUGAAGACCCUAAAUGAUUUCCAGAGCACAAACUCAAAGAUCAAGCGUGGCAAGUAUGUGCGGAUUUGUGUGGAGUUGAAUCUCCAGAAAAAGUUCGUGCCGAAGAUAAUCUCUAUUGGAUCAGUCUACAAUGUGGAAUACGAAGGCUUAGGCCUGAUAUGCUUUGCCUGUGGAAGAUUCGAACAUCGACGAGAAGCUUGUCCAUACAAGUGCAGCACUAACACACAGAACAAUGAAGUAAACAGCGCUGCCUCGCCGGUGGUUUCCCCUACCAGAGCACCGGUGAAACCAACAAAAAGUUCCGAUAAAGAAGAGGAACAGUUCGGACCGUGGAUUAUUAACCAAAGGGUAAAUAGAGCUCGGUUUUCUAAGAAGGUAGAGCCAAGAGGUGGGCAGAGAAGUCACGUAGGACCUGACGCUAGUACAAGAAAAGAAGCAACCUUCGGCCAAAAAUCACGGUUUGCAGUGAUUGAAGAUCUAGAUGAAGAGGGUGAUGUGAAAACGACUUUGAGUUCCGAGAAAAAACUAGAAAUGGACCAAAGUCGUAGACAGGAAAAAGCUCUGACAAUAAGAGAGAAUGGAAGAGAUAAGCAGAUGAAGGUAAACCUGGCGGGAUUAUCCAAAAAGGAAACAGGAAAAAUGAAGGUCUCAAAGUCAAGGGUGGAAUAUCGGGCCACUGGGAAAGAAAACAAGAGGCCUCAAUACAGGCCCAAUAGUGAAUCAGUCCCAGGAACGAAGUCCUUAAGUGACCCAGCUAACAAUAAGUUGGACAUGGCGGGUGUAAGUGAUGAAGGACAAGACCAAUUGAAGAAUCAGAAUGGUAAUGGGCCAGACAAGGGCCUCGGAAAUUUAGUCAACAACGAAAAGGCCAUAGUGCCUGAGAAAAGAUCCAAAGGAUAG